CAUUACUAUUAUUUAAUUGUGCUGCUAAAGGUUUCAGUUGGUUGCCAUUAGCAGCUCUUAUAACUCCCUCACACUCUCUAUAUAUUACUGCAUACACACGCUCUUCAAAUCGCUAGAUCUCCCUCUCUUUCUUCCAAUUCUUCACAACAAUUUGUAUAAGAUUCUUGCAUUCUUUGGGUUCUGCUGCGUACCAGAAUUUCUGCGGCUGCUAUGGGGACUGUUGUAGAUGCUGCAAACAAGGAAGCAAAGGGAAGUGCACCAACCAACAAGAAGGUCACCGUUGUGUUUGUUCUGGGUGGCCCAGGCAGUGGUAAGGGCACGCAGUGCGCAAACAUCGUCGAACAUUUUGGUUAUACUCACCUGAGUGCAGGUGAUCUUCUCCGAGCGGAGAUAAAAUCUGGUUCUGAAAAUGGGACUAUGAUUCAAAACAUGAUUAAGGAGGGAAAGAUUGUACCUUCAGAGGUCACAAUCAAGCUUCUUCAACGAGCAAUAGAGGAAAACGGAAAUGACAAGUUUCUUAUUGACGGUUUCCCACGUAAUGAGGAAAAUCGUGCAGCAUUUGAGUCUGUAACUGGCAUUCAGCCAGAAUUUGUGCUUUUCUUCAACUGUUCAGAGGAGGAAAUGGAGAAGCGCUUGCUGGGUAGAAACCAGGGUAGGGAAGAUGAUAAUAUAGAGACAAUAAGGAAGAGAUUUAAGGUCUACAUGGAAUCUAGUCUCCCAGUUAUUGAAUAUUACAGUGCAAAAGGCAAGGUUAAGAAGAUUGAUGCCGCGAAACCAAUUGGAGAAGUUUUUGAGGCAGUCAAAGCAAUUUUCACCCCACCCAAGGUAUGCACUAUUAUGCUUCCAGGGAUUGAUGCAUAAAAGUGUAUGCACUAUACGCCUUGAUGAUAACAGCACUUAGUGUAGCAUAGAGUGGAAUGCUCCGAUUACGGUGUUCUAACGAAGUAGGUUUUAGUUACGAAAAACUUUAUAUUACCUGCCACUUCCAGUCAUGACCACAAACUGACUACACUGGUAUUACAAAUGAAUUUCAAAUUUUAAUUGUUUAUAGAUUCGGAAAACAUGCGAGUGAGAGUUUAGAUGCUAGGAUUUUUGUAUACCACUUUAAUCCAAUAUCUCUCAUUAUGAAGAUGAGUCAUGGUGGUGUACACAAAAUUCAAAUUUCAGUAACUGAUACUUGAAAUUGUUGAGUGACAGAACUUUUUUUGUAAUAAGAUCAAGAUGCACAUUCUUUGCUGUCAUAUACUCCUAUAUAAUAGAUUUUCUUUUGCGUGACGCAGGUUGCUGCUUAAUUCUGCUACUUCACUAUCAUUUUACACCAGAUAUAAGUGUAGGUAAUGAUCAUCUACUAACUGCUUGAUAUCCUGGAUUUUGUGAUUACAUCUAAUGUCAGAAAACAGCAGUCAAACAUAGCAAGUGAUAUAAAUUGAACAGACACUACACUAAUGUACCUUAGUUUUAAAGGUUCACGCCGUUCAUGGAAUCAUAUUUUUAAUACUGGGUAUGAGUUUCACACUACUUGAAGUAUGCUUUCCAAUUUAUUUGCAUAAAAGUGUAAUAUUCUCGACUUGGCAGCUCGUAUAAACCGUGUAUUUGCAGAAAUUGCGUAUUCAUAUUGUUAUAUUGCUUGCCUUGCUCAAUGUUUUAUUGGUCAUCUUGGGCAGGCAGUUCUGAAAUAUAUGGCUUGAGGAAGUUUGUGUGUUGUCAGUGGAUUUCUUCCCCUGAGAUGGAGGGGUUACAUUUUACUUUUCUUUCGAUUGUAAUGUUAUGAGGUUUUUUGCCUCUAUAUUGUUUUACCAUAGUGUCUCGACGAGGUUAUUGCCUCUAUAUAUAUAUAUCUAAUAUACGAGGACUGAAUUCAUUUAUGUUUUCAUAUUUCUUAGUAAUAAGAUUGCUACACCUUCAUUUA